ACACAUAUAUAUGGGAGAUACAGUAGCGCUAUUCUCCUGCUUGUAGUCAUCUCCACCACACAGAAUGAAGGCUCUAAUCUUACUCGUGGCCCUUUUUGGAGUGGUCUUUGCAACUGAUAAUAUCAAUAUCAACAAUGAGGGCAAUGAUGGAGGCAAUGUCCACCAGACUGUGAACAUUGAUAACCAUGAUAACGUUGCCAAUAUAAACCAGUUCAAUGGCUGGAAAUCAUGGAAUUCCAUCUGGGACUAUAAUAGGGGUCUCUUUGCUAUCCGUCUUAUGUCCAAGAGAGUUUGUGUGGUUAGCAGAAUGAACAGAGAAGCAGUCCCUAGCUUGGAACAGCUAAGCAAAGCCAGCCAAGAGAAACAGAGCCCCAAUGCUCCUCCUCCAAAAACUUUGACCUACUCCAUCUCUCAGACCAGAGCCAAGAAUGUAGCACAGUUUGGCAGUAACAUUGAAGCUCUUUGCAAAGGGGUCCCAACCUUUUUUGCUCAGGAAACCCAAGGUGCUGGUCUGUUUCUGGAUAUGCAUGGCUGUACUAACCUCGGCAUUUUGAGAUUUUUGGGCAUCUCUCUGUGUGGAAAUGUUGGAUGCUAGACCUCCUGCCUUCAUUGCUCCUAAUCUAAAUGAACGUGCCUGGCUGCUGUGAUUAGACUCCCUCCACCCUCCAUCUGAUAUCAUCUCAUCUCUAUUCUGCGUGUCCACUGGUCAGAUAGUCCGUAUUUUUAUACAUGAAACAAAAUGACAUUCUUAUUAAUAAAGAGUUACCGUAAACACAGCUGUCUUGUUCUCCCAUUUUCACUCUG